AUGAGCAAUACUCCAAAACAGUCAGAACUGAAAUCUCCCUCAAACGAGGAUGGUGGAGGAGGUAAUUCCGGAAAUGUCUUCGGUUUUCCACAUAAAGUAGACCUUGAUCACGUUCUCAAGCACCAUGCUGGAAACAUCGGUUUUGUUCAAAUUAUAAUGGUCAUUAUGAGUGCUCUCACUCUACCUCCUGGCAUCAUAUUUCCCGUCUUUGGGAAUACAGAACUUCCACACCGAUGUCGUCUGGAACCUGAGGUAGAAAAGGAACUUGCUAGGAGGUUUAGUAGAUCUUCUGAAGACACUUUCAAUUCAAUUGCCACUUUAGUCGGUCCUUGGCCUAGUUCAAAUUCAUCUUCCUUUGUUAAUUGGCACGGAUUUGGUUGCAAACGUUAUUUAGUCCCACUUAUGUCUGUAACCCAGAAUACAACCCGUCUACUAACAAUCCCUUGCAAUAACGGCUAUGUUUACAAAUACUCCUCCGAUCAAUACCCAGGUGGAAUUAUCAAUGAGUGGGACCUAGUGUGUGAUAGAGCCUGGAUGGGUCCAUUCAGUACAGCCAUGUAUAUGGUCGGAAUGCUGGUGGGUUUUAUUUCAGGAGGAAUGGCUGGAGAUUACUUUGGUAGAAGGCAGGCAGCUCUGGUUGCAUGUCUGUUUGAGGCAGUCUCAAUCAUAACCGUGUCCUUGUCAGCAAACUUCUGGCUCUAUACCACCUUCCGAUUUGUUUUAGCCUCUGCAAGUUCCGUUAAGAUAACUGUUCUCCUUGUCUUGUGCAUGGAAGUGACUACUCCACGUCCAAGAUCAAUUAUUAAUGGAAUUUGGGCAUUUAUUCAAUAUUUUCUUCUAAGAGUCUUUCUUUCUCCAUUAGCAUAUUGGUUUCCAAGGUGGCAGUGGCUUCACGGAGCGGCUUGUAUGCUGUCCUUCUUAAGUUUCCCUUCAAUUUAUAUGUUUCCUGAAUCGCCGGGGUGGCUGCUUUCCCAACAUCGACAACUCGAUGCUCUCCAUGAAAUCUACAAAAUUUACCUCGCAAAUCGGAAAUUGAAAUGGAAUAAUAAUGAGGAACCAGCGUUGACAGAAGAUGCGUUCAUUAACUUAAUACGUCAAGAGUGCGCUGUCAUUAAGCCUGCCUCUCCUAGUGCUCAAGAAGGCAUCCCAUCAAAGUCUGAGUUCCAAAACACCCGUAAACCUUCCAAAAAUGGUAAUAUAAUUACUCUCACCCUUCAGUGCGUCCUACUUUUCGCCGGUCAGCUGGCGACUACCUACGGUUUACUGUUUUAUGGAAACGCACUACAAGCUAAUAUCUACCUGGUGAAUUUUCUUAAUUCCACAACCCAAGUUCCAGCAACCGUUAUCUUCGUGCUCUUGCAUCACUAUUGUAGGAAACGAAAAAUUCCAAUUGUCAUCAUGUAUGUGGGCUCAAUGAUUGGUCUGUCUAUCGCAGCAAUUUACAAUUUGGUAGUGAGACCAAAAAGUGAUUUCGUUCUCAAUAUUUGCAUCAACCUGUCUUUGAUCUUCCUCAAUUCUGCUAUGAAUAUGGUUUACAUGUACGUUCUAGAGCUGUUCCCUUCGGAAGCUCGCAGUUUGGGUCUUGGAGUAGCGUCUGGUUUCGGCCGACUUGGUGGAGUUUUGUGUCCAAUUAUUAAUACACUGCAAAGCAAAAACUUUCAUGAAUCUCCAAUUUUCAUUUAUAUUGGCAUUCACAUACUCUUAUUGGUGAAUUCAGUUUGUCUUCCAGAUACGUGUGGUCGUAGCCUACAUCACAGUUUCGACCUCAAUAGGGCGGAAGAACUUGGAAUGAGACGGGAAACUGAAGUGAGUGAUGAUUCGACGAUACAAGGUGACGAAGAGGAGAAAGACGGAGACACCCCUAACUGGACUUCAAAAUUAGACGAUACGAUCGCUUCCACCCAUGUGAUUCAAUCCACUUCCCAUAUAAAUGAUGAUUUUUGA